CUUAUGUAGCGCCCAAAGAAGGUAGAGUAGUUAAAAUGGCGCGAAAGGCAGUGAGCGUUAGUUACAGAUACAGAGGGAACCCAAAGAAACGCCGAAAAUGUCGCAACGCCUUUCAUCAUCAGAUUUUCCCACUCACAAACCCUAAUUUCCCAUUUGGCAUUCCCUCAUUAUUAUUUCUACAACACAAUUUCAGAUAUUCAACGGCAACAGCUUUCAGUUCUAUCUUUUUUAUUUAUUUUCUAUUUUUUUCAAAAUUAGGGUUUAUCAAUCAAAGGGUUUCUCCUUCUUACAUUUUUUCUAAUAUUUGGGUUUUGAAGAUUUGUAAGUUUUCAAUUUCUAUUUCUCGGGAAUUUUUUCGAUUCAAUUGAGGGGUGGGAGGGUUUCCUAUCACAAAAAAAGGAAAAGAGAGGUGAGGAGGAGGCAGAGGACUGCUGAUCGUCCCGACCAUUUAGAAUUGGGCACCGAAGGGCUUCUUUGUAAUGAUUCAAUUAUGGACUUGGAACCUGGCAGCAGAAACAGUAAGCAUUCAGAAAUAGUUGUUGAUGGAAGUGGAGGCAAUAAGCACUCAGAAACAUCACAGGCUCCUGAUGCGAGUGAUAGAAAUAGCCCGUCAACAAUACGUCUAGAGGCUAAUGCUAAUGAAGGUGAUCUGCGUGUCCCGUCCAGAAAGCUAAUCUCUUUGUCCUCUUUGUCUUCAGUGGCAUCAGACUCGUCAUUGGAAGAUCUCUUCCAAGUGGAUACAAAUAGAAUUUCCACUUCACCACAUAUUGCUUCCCUCCCUAAACAUCAUGACCACAGCUCUCUGGGUCCCGCAUCAACAUCCCGAGUUUCGGAUGUUGGGCAUGGUAUGUCACCGACAGAAUCCCCCACUGUUCAAAUGAUGGAACGGAGUGGAGGAUAUGAUCCUUGUAGGAUCCCGUCUUCUGUGUUUGCAAGAAGUAAAUCCAACAAAGAAAUGGAAUGGAGUGUUGCUUCCAAUGAGUCAUUGUUUAGCAUUCAUUUAGGCAACAAUAGCUUUUCCAGAGACCAUAUAUUUUUGCUGGGUGAUUUGACUAAGUCUGGGGAACUAUAUAAAUCAGGCGAGUUGUAUGGGCUCAGUCCACACCCUCCUCCAAUUCCUGAGCUAGAAAUUGACAGCAAUGGGAUUGAAGAGGUGAGGGAAUCUGGAGCUGAAGGAAUGGAAGAUGAGACCGUCAAGGACACUGCAAGAACAAAUGCCGAAGAUCAUAGUGAGGGAAGAGUGCCAGCUCCAACUGUAUCCUUCAAAUCCCAUAGCCUCUCCCGCCGUUCCGAUGGGAGUGGAGCUAGCACACGCUCUUUUGCCUUCCCAAUGUACGUCUAUAUAAGUUUUCUAAGAUUGACAGAUGGGAUGAAAAAUUCUAUGAAGGUUACACAGUAUACAGAAGAGAAGUGUCUGGAGCCACCAGCAGCGGCCAAAGUAUCGACUAAAAAAGUAACCAAAUCAAAACCCACCUAUUGGUGUCGUUGCUUUUCAUGGUGCAAGUGGGGUUGUUCUUGUCAUCGUCACUGUUCUUGUCCUUCUUGUUCUUGUUGUGGUGGUUGUUGAGAAAUUCUCAGUUUCAUCUAGUGGGAAGCCCUGAAUGCUACACGAAAUCUGCAAUGCUUCGCAUUCCUAAGGCAUACGAAGAAGAACAACUCAGGUCUCUCUCUCUCAUUUGCCAUAUCAUAAAGUAAUGUGAGCAGAGCAGGCUGUGAAAAACCUUGACAGACAAAACUUUCUGUCAACAUGCUGCUCCAGGAAGAAUGUGCUACCAAUUUGACAAGAGCAAUCUGCCAAGCCAAUCAUGGCGAGAAUGGAGCCCAGAGGGGCAUAGCUAGCAACAUUUUUCGCAACGGAAGCUGAUUUUAAUUGAAGCAUGGAUUUGAAUGACAGAACAUUCAGCAGCAGAAUCAGCACCAGCCCUUAUGUUAUCUUGAUUUAUCAGGCAUGGUCCGAGAGUACAGAGCGGGCUCACCACAUGUUACCAAAAAUCUCCUUCCAACAAAGAAUACUUUUGUAAUGUACAUAACCAAUUUGAGAUGCCAUAUGAUCAUUUAGUUUUAAAUAUGCAGGUCCGCAAUUUUGUUUUUUAUUAUA